AUGUCCCUACCUAUUAUAAGAGUUCAUUGGUUGAACGAAUCCAGAGCCUUCAGAGUGUUGUGGCUGCUCGACCAUUUGAAGUUGGAUUAUGAGAUUGUUCCUUACAAGAGAACUGAGGGGUUCCGGGCUCCUGACGAGCUUAAAAAGGUCCACCCAUUGGGCAGGGCACCUAUAGUUACGAUUGAAGACAAGACCACGAAAAAGACGAAAACUCUUGCAGAGUCAGGGUUUAUCUUUCACCAAAUUUUGCAAAACUUUGACAAGUCCAAUAUUUUGAACAAUCCCAACCCAGAUGCUGCCGAUCAGAUCGAAUAUUAUCUUUACUAUGCCGAGGGCUCCUUGCAGCCUCCGCUGAUGAUCGAAUUUCUUCUAUCUAUGGUAAACAAAGCACCCAUUCCGUUCCCACUCUCGUAUUUGGCCGGCAAGGUGUCUAACAAGAUCAGCGAAAAAUACUCACGGGGCGAGGUCAAGAACCAGAUGGACUUUGUGGAGGGUGAAAUAUCCAAAAAUAACGGCUAUCUUGUGGACGGUAGGCUCAGUGGGGCAGAUAUCCUGCUAUCCUUCCCGCUGCAAAUAGCUUUCCAGCGUGGCUUCGCUCAAGCAGAGCACUACCCAAAUAUUGACAAGUGGUUGAAGAAAAUUACAGCUGAAGAGUCGUACGCCAUUGCUAAACAGAGGGCUGCUGAGUACGGUGGUAAAUUCUAA